UUUUUAACCGAGAUUAUUAGCCUCUAAUCGGGGCUGCUCGUGUGGCUCUCCUUCAGGUUUUCCGGGUUAUUUUUCCACAGGCAGAUCCUGUCUGUGCCAUCUCUGGAUUACGUGCUGUUCGCUGGCGUGGCCACGGCGUUUUUGUGUUUGUUUGAAUGUUUCUCCCCGCCCCAGCUGGAAGCCUGCGUGGGCAAGGCUUGCUGGCCGUGGCUUGUUCCUGCCUGCCCUCCUCCUUCUCCUGGCGCUGGGCUGCUGUGGAAGCGGUCAUAUGCUGGAGGUGGAUCAGGGAACCAAAAGGCUAAAGCUUUAACCUGUGCUCAGCAACAGUGCCAAACAAGUCUGGAUUUAAGGCAUUUUGGCUUUUGACACCUGUGGUUUUGGCUCAUCUUAAUGAAAUGAAACCAGUGUUUGCUCCAGUUAGAAAGGACACUUAAUGGAUUUUAUUUGUCAGGUUAACUGCAUGGGAUCAUCACAUCCCAUGCUUUAAUUCUUCUCCUCUCCAUGUUGUCUGUUAUAAAAUCUAUGUGAAGAGAUUACGUCACCUAGUGCCUCCUAAUACUAGCUGUAUUUUAAGAUGUAGAGAUGGACUGUAGCCAGUCUUGUGAGAGAGUAGCAUAGUGAAUGCUCUGAUAAAACUUAAUUUGUGAAAGAGUGCCCUGAUCCUUUAUGGUAUUACAGAAACAGUGAAUCAUUUGUUCCCAUGAGACAAAGGAUAUUGUCCUAAGGAGAAUUGCUGCAUUUGUGGGAGAUGUGAGGUGUUAACCCCACUGUUGAAUCUGUGAUCAUAUAAUGGUUUGGGUUAAAGAUUCUUUAAAGAUCUAUUUCCUGGCCCCUGCCAUGGGCAGGACACACUUUCCACUAGACCAGGUUGCUCAAAACAACAGCCAGCCUGGCCUUGAACAAUUCCAGGAAUGGGGUAUCUGUAGCUUCAUGGGCAACCUGUUCCACUGUCUCUCCACCCUCAUAGUAAUGAAUUUUUUACUGAUGUGUAAUCUAAAGAAUAAGGCAAGAUGCCUUGGCUGCUGGAGUGUUGGUCUUUGCUUUCAGAGCCUAAAAUUGCACUUAGCCUGUGAAAAUGGGCAGACAAGGGAGAGAGGACAUCUUUGCUCUCAAGCUUCUGAAUUUUUUAUCAGUGACAUAAGAAGAGUGCCAUUUGUAAACAUUUAUGUCUGCAGUAAAAGGCCAUCUUACCGUGCAGGUAUUUCAGUAAGAGUCAUUUACAGUCAAAGACUGGGCUAAUUAAAAGAUAUCAAAUAGCUGAGGCUGGUCUGUUCACACUUUUCCGUGGUAGGGCAAGUGUAGUGUUCACGGUUCUAAAAUGAAACAGGUUGUUGACUGAAAUAACCCUUGAUGACUGUUUCCUUCACUUUAAGCAGUUGUCUGCAGGUGAAAUAACACUGGACACAAUCUACAUUGUCCUCAUUGAUGUGAAGUAUAAACCUAGGUCUAAUCCUUCUCUUUGCAUGCUAGUGUCUAGAAUGGCGUGCCUCAUUUGUCUUGAGGCUUACGCUGCUUUCUCUCAUGGCUAAGAGAAGUCCUCAGUUUAUAAAGCAGUAAAUAGUCUGGUGGACCCUGGCACAUCUGACUAGUCAGAAGUCUGGAGUGGAUUGGGGUCUGUCCUUGUCUUGUUGGUCUGGGCUGUGGUUGGUAUCAUAAAGGAGAAGAGCAGUGAAAACGUGAGUGGAAAUAUUGAGGUGCUUUAUCUUCUGAGGCAGGGGAUGUAGCAGGAUGCUAAGAGAGAAACUGUAGCAGUUUUGGCCAUAAUCAUGCCUGUGCAUGUUGCACUUAAUAUGCAUUGAAUGACCUUUUCCUGGCCUGAAAAGAGCAGGGAUGCAUAGCUAUGAGGGAAGUUCCUUGUCAAGGGCUUUUCCCUCCACCCAUACUUAGUUUUACCUUUUACUUAGUAAAAUACACUACAUAUGAAGUCAAAGACCUAAUACUUGGCUCCAACAUGAUGGGAGUAUGCUGCAUUCUGUCUGGUGCAGGCAAGAGAAUGUCUUGCUCAGCACUUGGUAGCAUCUUCUCCCCUGUGAACUGCUGCUUCUGCCCUGCCCGAGUUCAGCUCUAGUUACUGCUGCAGGUAUUUUGACAUGUCAGUAGUAUCAGAGGCUGAAUACUCAAAACUGUUACUGUUACACUGCAGCUGUGUUGUUGCUUCCAACUGCAGCUGGACAAAAGUAAGAACAACAAAGGGUUUUGCAGUACCUGUAUAAAGCAUGUGUGAGAGACUUUGUCACUUUUCACCAUAAAUGUACUUAUGCUUCUGAUAUCUCUCAGGGUUGAAGCUCAGAUAUUUGUAAUACAUUUUAAAGACUGAAGUUCCUGAAGGCUCAGUGUGAUACUAGGAAGUGGAUUAGUGUUGGGUUCCUUAGGGACUGAUCUCUCGCAUAAAAAUGGGAUGAGAGUUUACCUAGAGUUUAAGAGCUUUCUUGAGGGCUCCUUGGAAAUAACACAGAGCUUGGAAGAUGAUCCUCUGCUGGAUGCACCGCUUAUUUCAUCUCAUACAUUGCAUUCCCAGCUGAGGCCAAGAUUUCAUUCUAUCCCAGCAGUUCUCCUUGCCAAUUUCCUGUUGCUAAUACAUGUUGCUUUUGUUGUUCUAGCAUUUUUAGCAGCUAUGUUUUGUUCUUACCCCAAUCCAAACCAAGACAAGUGCCCUGGAAACUACACUCACCCACUUAAAGUGCAGACUGUCAUAAUAAUUGCAAAGGUAGUUCUGUGGGUUCUGCAUGUCUUUUUUGAACGAUAUGUUGAGCACCACCAUGGCAGAGUCAGAAGAAGAGGUUACUUCACCAUAUACCGAUCAACAAGGCAUCUGAAAAGGCUUCCACUGCUGAUACAUGCCACAGGUAAUACAGCCCUGCUCUUGAUUCUGUCAGUGCAGCAUUCCUUUCCUGAUCACAGCAAAGUGUACCUGUAUCUUAUCCUGGGAGUCCUGAGCCUGGAGAUGAUUAGUUCCCUGACAUGCUUAGUGAUUUACACAGUGAAAAUAAGCAACUUCAAUCGUGCCAAGCCAAGACCUGACAUAAUUGAAGAAGAGAAGAUGUAUGCCUACCCUAGUCACAUUACCUCAGAAAUUGGAUUCAGGGAAAAUUCCAGUUUAGAAGAGAUAGUUGAGAAGCAAGGAGAUGUAAUAGAGUAUCUUCAGCGACACAAUGCACUGCUCAGCAAGAGACUGUUGGCGUUAACAUCUCAGCAAAUCAAAACUUAACAGUGUUUGGGAAACUGCUGCUGGAGCUCUGGAGGGGAACAUGAAGUAAUGUAAUAUCCAGACUGAUUUGUACAGAUAUGACUCUUCAAUCAUCUUUCACGUUUUGAAAUAGAAGUUAAGCUGGAAGGAUAAUCUCUGCAUACACUAUAACCUAUUCCAACUGGACACUCUGGCUCUCUUCAAAUCAUCAGUUCUACAGAAAAGUACUGCAGCUUCAAGGCUUUUUAAUUUCUCAUAAGUUCAAGUUGGACCUGAGUUAAUGGAUUAACUUUGCCCAGUUGUUGCUAUUAUUUUGUAUUGCUGUGUAACCUUUAAGCUUCAGGCUACCAAAGUAUUUUAUAUUUCUGGAAUACAAAUUUGUUCUCUAGAAAAAUCUGACUUUUGGGAUGUAUAUACAGUUUCUAUUGCUGAAGCUGAGACUAGAUAUGUUCUGUCACUGAUUUCCUUUACUUCCAGAGAUAGAGGUGGUGUACUCCAGUAAUUCAAUACAGAUAUUUGUUUUCUAGAUGUCUCCUUUUCUCCUUCGUCAGGUAAGUGGAGAAAUUUGGCAUCUAACUUAGGAUUAUAAAAAAAGUGGUGGGUGUCCUAAAACUGUGAAUCUCACAUGCAAGUUUGUGGUACAAAAACCAUGCCAUGAUAAGCAAUUGUUCAGAAUUCUGGCUUUAAAACUCUGAAGAUGGAUCCUCAGGGCUGAUGACUAUCCCAUUACUAGGAGUUUGUGUUAUUAACAAGACUCCUACCCUGCCAACUGAGCUAACAAAGCAAAAGUACUUGAGCAUAAGCUUUUCCAUUGAUCCGGUGACUAACUUGUGUUGAAUGCUUUUAAAGAUGUUAUCAAAAAUGCCUGUUAUAUACUUGCUCUUCACUUUGGCCCUUCAAAAAAGUCAGCAUCUUGAUUCAGAAGCUGAAAUGGUGUAUGUGGGGAAGUGGAAGACAGCAGAAGACAGAAAGUUCUUUUAGAAGUUGAAGAAACAAGAAUUCUUUGUUUUAAUUUAUGGUGAAUUAAGGCUGGUGAAAGAAACAUUUUGUUCUGGGUACUAUUUUGUCUACCAGUGUAGACAAAGAAUUAUUUUAGAAGCCAGUACCUCUGUGGGGAUAGGGUAAUCACUAAUCAAAACUGGGAAGAAGACUCUCAAGAGGAGUGGUCUUGUGGUUGAAUAUAAAAAAGGAAAAUUAAUUCAUCCUACUUUGGUGUUAGGGCACAACUUUAGAAGUACCUAGACAGUUCAGUGUGCAACAAAUAUGGGGGUUGUCUCAUUCAAAGGAAAACAGGAAAUACUGGAGGUUUUGCUGCUAUCCAACACUAGACUGUUCUCCUUAGCUGUUGUUUCUUGAAAAUGCAGCCAUUUUAUAAUAUACAUGUAAGGAAUAAAGUUAUUUGUUUUUAGAACUCAGGUUUUGAUGUGAUUGUGUAUGUCAAUUUAUAUAAUUUCUAUGAAAACCAGUAAAAUGUGACUGUGAAGUUCAUGCACAAUAAAUGCAACCAAGGAGGUGUGAAUUCUCUUA